GCGAGCUGAUCCGGCGCAGAGGCCCCGGUCCCGGUGCAGAGAGCUCGGCGCAGAGGCUCCGAUCCCGACGGAAGGUAGGAAGGUGCCGGUGUGAAGUGGACUAGGAAUGGCGGAGGAGGGUGCGGUGCAAGUGUGUGUCCGGCUCAGGCCCCCCAACGCUAGAGAGAGGUCUUCACAAGGAUCCUCCGAAGUUCAUUGGAAAACUGACAACCAAACUAUUUCCCAGAUUAAUGGGGCCAAAUCAUUCAAUUUUGACCGUGUAUUCCAUGCAACUGAGACAACACAAACUGUUUAUAAUGAAGUUGCACAUUCUAUUGUGUGCUCUAUUACUGAGGGCUAUAAUGGCACUAUUUUUGCAUAUGGACAGACCUCAUCUGGAAAGACUUAUACAAUGAUGGGAAAUGCAGAUGGUCCUGGUCUUAUUCCUUUGGCAAUCUGCAAUUUAUUCAAAGUUAUUAAUGAGAUGCAAAACAGAGAAUUUCUGUUGCGUGUUUCUUACAUGGAAAUUUAUAAUGAAUCUGUAUCAGAUUUACUUAGUGAUUCAAAAGGAAGACCUCUGGAAGUUAGGGAAGAUAUGGAUAGAAAUAUUUAUGUUGCUGAGCUGACUGAAGAAGUUGCUGUAACUUACGAUGCUGUGAUGAAAUGGGUCAAGAAAGGAGAAAAAAACAGGCAUUAUGGAGAAACUAAAAUGAAUGAACGUAGUAGUCGAUCGCAUACCAUUUUUAGAGUGAUUGUGGAAAGCAGGGAUAAAGAUAAUGAAGCAGUUAUGGUUGCACAUCUGAAUUUGGUCGAUUUGGCAGGUAGUGAACGAGCCAGUCAAACAGGAGCAGAAGGAGUCCGUUUAAAGGAAGGAUGCAAUAUCAACCGUAGUUUGUUUGUACUUGGUCAAGUUAUUAAGAAGCUUAGUGAUGGACAAGCUGGCGGGUUUGUAAAUUAUAGGGACAGUAAGUUGACUCGAAUUCUGCAGAACUCAUUGGGGGGCAACGCAAGAACACUAAUCAUUUGCACAAUUACUCCAGCUGCCUUUGAGGAAACUCUCAGUACUCUUCAGUUUGCAAGCACUGCCAAAUUCAUGAAGAACACACCUCAUGUGAAUGAAGUGUUGGAUGACCAAGCGAUGUUGAAACGAUAUCUCAAAGAAAUAGCGGGUCUGAAAGAUAAACUGGAGGCACUUACUUCAGAAACUCGUGUCCAUGAAAUAGAGAAAGCUCAGCUUUUGUCUGAAAAACAUCACCUUCAGCAGGAGCACGAGCAAAAAAUAAAGAACUUGACAAGAAUGCUUGUCAGAGCUUCAUCUGAUGACGACCAACUAGAUACAAAGGCCAGAAGAAAAAGGAGAUUUACCUGGGCUCCCGGAAAAGUGCAAGUCAGUUUGAAUUUUGCAACUGAUAAUGCCGCAAAAAUUAUAAAGUUGGAUCAAGCCUUUCAAGAGUUAGAUGAAAUUCCUGAAGAGUUUCUGGAUGAUCAGCAGUCUGAUAUGAUGUCAGGGUGCAGUAGUCAAAUCACAGUAAGAAGAGGAGGAAGUUGUGGGUACCAGAUACCUUCAUUUGAAGAUUCUCCACAUUUCAAUGAUCAAAGCAGAUUGAGCCAAACCUCUCUUACUAGUAUUCUGUAUGAUGGAUCUCCAAAGGAUGAAUCAGAAAAAAGAAUUUCUGAGCUGGAGCAAGAGCUAGAAGACUUGACAAAAGAGAAAGAAAAACAAAUCAUACAGUUAAAGAAUGAUGCAAAGCACUUGGAGAAACAGUUAAAGGGAAGUGUUGAGCUUUGUGAACUGCUCUAUUCACAAAAGUCUGAUGCAGAAAGCUUAAAAAUGGAGAAUGAGAAACACAAAGAGGAGAUCCGAGAAUUAAAACAACUCCUGGAAGAAAAACGGAGGAGUGAAAAAUAUCUCAGAAUGGAAAAUGAGAAACAAAAUAAUGAAAUCCAAGAACUAAAGCUGAGAGAUGGGUAUGAAGAGAGACGUGAAAUUGAAGAAUUUGAAUUCUUGGAAAAAGAAGUUGAGAAAGAAGAAAAGGCACAGCAAAAGCAUGAAAUUGCAACGUUAAAAGAACUGGUUCGCAAUUCUGAGGUUUUCAACCAGGAACUUGAGGCUGAACUAAAGACUAAAACUAAGCAACUUAAAGACCAGGAGCAGAGUUGUCUUGUUCUUCAACAGCGGCUGGAUCAACUAAAAGAGCUGUCAGAUGGCCAAAUGGAUCUUGAGACAUUAAUGAUACAGAUCAAACAGCUGCAACAGUCAUUGAAUGAUGCAGAAGUUGUAACCUGUGAUGCAAAGAAAGAGUCUGCUUUUCUCAGGAGUGAAAACUUGGAACUCAAGGAAACCAUGAAUGAAAAGAUGGUGAAAUAUCAACAGAUGGAAAAGGAUGUCCAGUUGUACUGCAAAAAGCUAGAUACUGAACAAUCACGCUACAAACAAAUGCAAUCCGAUUUGCAGAAAGAAUUAAAAUCUGUUUACAGUGAAAAUGCCAAACUAAUGUCUCUUCUGGAUGGGAAAGUUCCUAAAGACAUAUUGGAUCGUGUUUAUCUGGAAAAGAGCAUCACUGAUCUUAACCAACAGUUGGAGAAAGCGGAAAAAGAAAAUAUCAGUCUGCGACAAGAAGUGGCCGUUUUAUCUCAAAACAAAUUGCUGCCACAAAAAAUAGAUGAAUUAGAAAAACAGGUUUUAAAGCUAACAAACGAACUAAAUGGUGUCACCUGCGAACGUGAUAAUUUGUUGGCUGGCAAAUUUGAAAAUGAUGAACAACUCAUAAACUUGCGGGGAGAAGUGUUACUGAUUGCUCAAGAAAGGGACAAACUCCAAGAAGAAGUAAAUAGCCUUCAAUAUGAGAGGGAUCAUCAGGACAAUCUGAAAGCUGAGCAACAGAAUGAAGUACAGUGUAGAGUGGAAAGUCUCAAACUGGAAUUAGAAUUGUACUGCACACAGCUUGAAGAAGAGAGAGCUAAAUGUUCACAACUCCAGCAUAACGUUGAAGGCAAAGAAGGGCAAGUUAAAGAGCUGGAGCAACAACUUGAGCUGGAGCUUGUCAAGCAAAAGGAAAUAAAUGAUAAAUUUUCUAAAGCAUCAGAAGAUAUCAAACUACUUAAUGAAGUGAAAGAAGAGCUGAUAACUAAAUUGCAAGUUUUAACAAAAGCCAAUGAAGAACUGACAAUGUCACAACCCAAGUCCCAAAAGGAUGAAGAACCUCUAAAUGUGAGCUCUGCAGCUGAAAUAACUGAGACAAAGAAUUUAACUGAACAGCUUCUCAUGCUUCAGGAAAAUUGCAAGGUCAUCAGUGAAGAGAAAAAGCAGCUGCAUGAAGAGUUGUUGAGCCUUCAAAUUGAGAGAGAUCAGUUGAAGUGUGAUCUUCAAGAUAAUAUUGAAAUGUGUAUAGAGAAUCAAGCAGAAUUGAGAAGCCUACAUGACAAACUGAAACUGAACCAAAAUGUGGAGGUGGAACUAAAGAAAAGUCUGGCUGAAAAAGAGUGCUUGAUAAAUGAAGAGAAGAAAAAGUCCAUGCAGGCCAGUGAAGCACUGGAUCUUGCACAAGAGGAACUGCGAUACCAGCAACAGCUAGUAAAUGAACUAAGAAAUGAAAUUCAGGAAAAGAAAGAUCUGUUGUUGAGUUUUCAAGAAAACGUUCCUGAAAGGGCUGAUGAUAAGGUACAAGAGCUAACUGAACAUCUCAAAAAUGUGGUGUCUCAGCCUGACCUGGAGGAUGAGAUGCAAGAGCCGUGUGUACACAGUUUGGGAAAGCAAAACACAAAUAUUCAUGAAGAAUUCAACCAGUGUGUCCAGCAAAGAGAGGAUGAAAAAUCAAUGAAGGAAAAUAAUGAAGUUGAGGUGAUACUACAGGAUGCCAAAAUACAAAAGAAUGAAAUUAAGAGAGCCCUGGAAGAAAAUACGGAGAUGCAAAAUCAAGCUGAUGAACUCUGUUGUUUGGUGACUCAGCGUGACACAUUACUUGCUGAGAUUGAAGAGUUGAGAGCUCGUGCUUCCAAAGAACUGGAAACAGUAAUUCAGAAAGAGGAAUUCAGCCAGCAGUUCCAGCAACUGGAGAAUGAAAAAUUAAACUUGUUAAAGGAGAAGGAUGAGUUCCUGGAAACACUGAAAUGUAUCAAAGCAGAAAAAGAUGAAAUGAAAAGAGCCCUGGAAGAGAAAACUGAGGAGACACAAAAGCAAGGUGAGGAACUUCACCACGCAGUCUCUCAGCGUGACACGUUGCUUGCUGAGAUCGAAGAGCUGAGAGAUCGUGUCUUCAAAGAACAGGAAGCAGAAAUUCGGGAAGAGGAAUUCAACCAGCAGUUUCAGCAGCUGGAGGAUGAAAAAUCAUCCUUGAUAAAGGAAAGGGACGAGCUCCUGGAAAAAUUCAGAUGUAUUGAAGUGGAAAAGGAUGAAAUGAAGAGAAAACUACAAGAAAACGCUGAGGUGAUGCAAAAGCAAACUGAGGAGCUCCACCAUCUGAAUUCUCAGCAUGAUGUGCUGCUUGAUGAAAUUGACAAGCUGAGAGCUCAUGUUUCCAAAGAACAGGAAGCAGUAAUCCACGACGAUGAAUUCAACCAGCGGUUCCAGCAACUAGAGGAUGAAAAAUCAUCCUUGGUAAAGGAGAAGGCUGAACUUCAGGAGACACUAAAAUGUAUCAAAGCAGAAAAAGAUGAAAUGAAAAUAGUCCUGCAAGAAAAUUCGGAGGUGACACAAAAGCAAGGUGAGGAACUUCACCACGUAGUCUCUCAGCGUGACGUGUUGCUUGCUGAGAUUGAAGGGCUGAGAGCUCGUGUCCUCAAAGAAAAAGACAUAGAAAUGCAGGAAAAGGAAUUCAGCCAGCGGUUCCAGCAGCUGGAGGAUGAAAAAUCAUCUUUGGUAAAGGAAAGGGUUGAGCUCCAGAAGACACUGAAGUGUAUCAAAGCAGAACAAGAUGAAAUGACAAGAGCACUGCAAGAAAAGACUGACAUGAUGCAAAAGCAAGAUGAAGAACUAGGCCGCAUGGUUUCCCAGUGUGACGUGUUGCUUGUUGAGGUUGAAGAGCUGAGAGCUCAUACUUCCAAGGUACCAAAAGCAGAAAUUCAAGAGGAGGAAUUCAAUCAGCAGCUUCAGCAACUAGCAAAUGAAAAAUUAUCAAUUGUAAAAGAGAAGCAGGAGCUUAAGGCCAAGUUAAAGAACAUCAAAGCAGAAAGGGAUGAAAUGGAGAAAACCUUGCAAGAAAACAAUGAAAUGAUGCAAAAGCAACGUGACGAACUACAUCAGGUGAUAUCUCAGCGUGACAGGUUGCUCGCUGAGACUGAAGAGCUGAGAGAUCGUGCUUCCAAAGAACAGAAAGCAGAAAUUCAGGAGGUGGAAUUCAACCAGCGGCUCCAACAACUGGAGGAUGAAAAAUCAUCCAUAAUGAAAGAGAGAAAUGAUCUUCAGGAAUCGCUGGCUUGUAUCAAAAUAGAAAGUGAUGAAAUGAAGAGCACACUGCAAGAAAAGCUGCAAGAGCAGGCUGAGGAGCUCCAUCAGUUGGUAUCUCAGCGUGAUUUGCUGCUCAAUGAUAUCGAAGAGUUAAGAACUCAUGCUUCCAAAGAGCAGAGGCUGGAAAUUCUAGAAGAGAAGUUCAACCAGCAUGUCCAGCAGUUAGAGGUUGAAAAAUCAGCCAUUGUAAAGGAGAAGGACGAGCUCCAGGAGAUGCUGGAGAGGAUUCAAGUACAAAAGGAUGAAAUGAAGAGAACCCUGCAAGAAAACACUGAGGCAAAUCAAGUUCAAGCUAAGGAGCUGAACAGCAUGGUUUCUCAGCGUGACAUGUUGCUUGAUGAGAUCAAAGAAUUAAGAACUCUGGUUUCCAAAGAACAGAAUACACACAUUCUAGAAGAGAAAUUCAACCAGCAGCUCCAGCAGCUAGAGGAUGAAAAGUCAGCCAUUGUCAAGGAGAUGGUUGAGCUCCAAGAGAAACUAGAGUGUGUCAAGGUAGAAAGGGAUGAAAUGAAGAGAGCCCUGAAAGAAAGUACUCAGCUUAAAAUGGAAGAAAGAAGGAACAAAGAACUUACUGAACUGGUCACAAGCCUGGAGAAACAAAUUGUUGCUUUGAAAGAGCAGACACAAAUUGAAACCACUACUCCAGAAAAUAAGGAAAAUGAAGCAGAAAUUAAUAAGCUUUCUAAUUAUCUACAGGAGAAAGAUCUUCUUUUGCAGGAAACAAUUAAAAGUUUAUUCCGAUUGGAAAAUGAGUACAAGAUCGAAUUAGCUAAAACUGACCAACAGCUUUCAAGAGAGGGGGAAGAAUGGAAUGAGCUACUAGUCAAAUUUUGCUCUAAGUUCCCUGAAGAAUCGAUGGAGGCAAUAAGUAUUAAGAAGCUACAGGAAGAGAAUCAAAAACUGUAUGAAAAACUUGUGUUGUGGAGGAGUCAUUUUAUGAGAGCGUUGAGCACUGUUCCUCAGAAUGUAAAGAAGUAUCAGAUCCCUAUAACUAAAUGUGACUUGGGUCUAGCAGAUGAGAAAAAGAAGAAUGAAGAGUUGUGUAUACAGUUGCAGACUCUGAAGAAGCAAGUCUCUGACUCGCCUGUGCUGGAGUUAACGUCGCAAGAGAAGAAUCCUGAAAUACUGCGACUUUCCACUUUAAUUGAAUUCAAAGAAAACCACUUAAUGAAUACGCAGCAGACUUUAUCCGAGUUGAAACUAAAAUACCAAAACUAUUUGAGAAGCACUAAGGAUGGAUUAUCUUCCAAGGCAAAAGCUCAAGAGGUUUUUAAGGAAAGAGUUUCUGUUGUGUCUCCUACAAAUGCUUUAAAGAUAAUUGAAGAAAUUGAACAUGAAAUGCGAAUGCUAAAUCAAGACCUUCAACUUCAAAAUGAAGCAGUUCAGAAUGAAGCUACAUUUUCCAAGUCAGUGCAGACUGGAUAUGUAAAGUACAUCAGGAAUUCUUGUAAUGAGAUGGCUAAUCAGAAGAAAAAGAAUGAUGAGCUGCUUUUGGAAAUUGAAACUUUCAGACAACAAUCAUUCAACAAAAAUGGCUGUGAUCCAAUAUUGGCUAUGGAGAACCAGAAGCUGAAGAAAAAAAUGAAGACUGAUGAACAAUUGCUUCAGACAAUGGAAAUGAAGAUUCAAGAAUUAGAACUGGCAUUGACCACAAGCCAAGAAACCAACAAACUGCAAGAAGAUAAAGUCACGCAAUUGCAGACAGAGUUGAGCUCCAAAACAGAGAACAAACUUGAGGAUCUCCAGGCAACGUUAUUGAAGAAGGACAACCAGAUUAAUAGUAUGGAAGAAGCUCUAAAGCAGUUGCAGGCUAAGCUGGACAUGGGAGCUCAACCCUUCAGAGAGGAAAUGCAUGAGCUGAAAAAUCGCUUGUUUAUAUUGGAGAUGGAGAAGGUUAAAGAAAGCAAAAAUCUUGAAAAUCAGAUUAGUUCUCUAAAAGCCAGCUUGGAACAUAAAGAAGAGCUGAUGCGACAAACCAAGGAAACACUGCGAAGAUAUCAACAAAAACAGGAUACCACAAUUAUGGUUGAAAAUAAUAAUGAGAUAUGUUCUACUGAUACAUCUCUGACGUGCAGUGCUGGAAGUGGAAUAGUUCAGAAUGCACUGUUACUUGUGUUAAGGUCUGAGAAAGCUAAACUUAAUCAAGACCUAAAUCGCCUCAAGAAGGAAAAUGCACGUCUUGCAAGAACAGUGUCUGAGUUAAAAUAUGAAAAUACUAGAUGGAAAGAUAGAGCAUUAAAGCUUAAAGAAAAGGAACGAGAGUCCUCAGAAUAUCAGCGUGAAAAUGUUCCACGUACUUUGACUCCAAGUCUAGAAGAAGGCAUCACUCCUUGUUCAGUAACAGAGCAUGCAACAGUGCCACAAAAAGUUGAAUCUUCAGAAUUAUUACCUUCUGAAUUCAAAACUGGUGCCAAACUGGAUGAAACAUCACUCACUUCAGAAAAAAUGCUACCUGUUGAUUCUUCUAAAGUAUCAUCCUUUGGGACAGAGUCAAAGUGGCUAUUGCCUCGCUCCAAAAUUUUUGAUAACUCCCAGCUGGGUUUCCCAGCAGCUGAAAGUCCUCAACGAAAACCUAAAUCUGACGAGAAUGAAUAUGAUGACUGGUGGCCCAAACCCUCUGAUUCUGAUCCUCAAUGUAAAGUGCAAUGAAAGUUGACCAAUUGGGAGCGAGAUUAGGUUAAAAUCUAUCAGUUGAAUUCAUUAUUGUACUGUGGAAAUCUAUUGUUAUGCUGCUCACUGAAGAGUAAUUUGAUUGUACACUUUGCUUGAGCCUUGUAGCUCAGAUUAUCACUGAUAGACUGGAUGAUGUAAUAAUAAGAGAAUUUAUUCUCCUAACUGUGGUGAACAAGACCACAAAAUGUUAAUGUUAGAUGCCCACAUUUGGAAUAUCUUCCUCCUCCUAGCAUUGAUGUUUCUUGUUUCUGAUCUAUAUUACUUACAGCAAAUGAAUAGUUGACAACAAUACUUGAGUCAAAUGAACAAAGGUAAUAGCUUAAUUGUGUGGAAUAUUUCCUGUAUCAAUGCUGUACCAAUUUCUGUAGCAAUAUUUAAACAACUUUUAUAAUAGAAAAUAAUCAUAACCCUGCUUAUGUUGUGAGUUUGUACACUUUUAUACUGAACAUUUCUAUUGAAAAUUUCUCACUUCAAUAAAAGCUGAAUUUGUUUUGUUAAUAAAUAGCACUAGAUUAACAUUGCAUUUUCCUCACAAUUAAUCAUCAUAAUUUGCAAGAACCCAAGUUGGAAAUUGAAUGCAAAGCAUUGCUAGGUAUUUAGUCAUAAGGAACCGACUAUUAUGCAAUGCAAAGUUAAUCUUGAGCAGGAUCUCCUUCUUCGCCUUCGGAGGUGCAGCAAACUGAAGAGGAUGGAAUGGGGCAAAUAACUGAGAAAGGGCAAUAUGGAGGAGGGAACACUAAGGCAAGAACAUUUUCAACAAAAGCCUUAAGAGUGAUGCAUUCCAAGCCAAAAAAAACUCAGUAAGUCAGUGGAGUGCAAAGAAUUGUUAAUUUGCCUUGGGAUGUUGGUAUGAGAUGAUAGUUGUUUGCUAAACAUGUUGUAGGGAAUGGUUUUGAAAUACUGUCAAUGGAGCAUGACGUGCCUCUGAAUUUUGUUCUGAGUGUGAGGAGAACAGUGGGUUUUGCACUUGAAUUGGGACAGAAAAACUUCAUAAAGAAACAAUUGGAUGAGUUGAUGUCAUUCAAAGUUGAUCUCAGCUACACAGAUUAAAUGCCAUAUCAAUCUGGAAUGUUACAUCUAUCUGGGGAUCUGGGCCUUGGUUUGCCAUUUCAAUGCAGUAUUGAAUGAGCCAGUGAACUGUGUGACAGUAUGUUUCAUUAUUAAAUGAUUGUCCACAGAGUGUAAGGAAGUGCACUUUGGAAAGUCAAAUUAAGAUAAGGUAUCCUUAUUAGUCACAUGUACAUCGAAACAGUGAAAUGCAUCUUUUGCGCAGUGUUCUGAGGGCAGCCCAUAAGUGUCGCCACUCUUCCAGCACCAACAUAACAUGCCCAUAACUUCCUAACCUGUACGUCAUUGGAAUGUGGGAGGAAACCGGAGCACCCGGAGGAAACUCAUGCAGACACAAGGAGAACGUAAAAAACUCCUCACAGACAGUGGCCAGAAUUGAACCCAGGUCGAUGGUGCUGUAAAGCAUUACGCUAACUGCUACACUGGUAGGACAUGUAUGAUAAAUGCCAGGGACCAUGGGAGUGUUGAUGCACAGAGGCCUUGGCGUGCAAGUCCAUAGCAUUCUGAAAAUGGUGACACAGGCGGAUAGAGUCGUGAAGAAAGUAUUUGGUAUGCUUGCUGUCACAGACCGAGGCACUGAGUGUAAGAGCUGGCUUGUCAUGUUGCAGCUGUGCAAAAAAUUGGUUAGACUGCACUUGGAGUACUGUGUACAUUUCUGGUCAACACUGUGCAGGAAGGAUGUGGUAGCAAUAGAGAGAAUGCAGAAGAGAUUCACUAGGAUGUUGCCUGGGUGGAGGUCUAUAAUUAUAAGGAGAAGGGACAGGCUGAAUUUAGUCUCACUAGAAUAUUGGAGGCUGAGUGGUGAUCUUAAGGUUUUUAAAAUUGAGAGGAAUGGGUAGGUUAGAUAGUUGGAUUCCUUUUAAAGCAGGGGAGUCUAGAACUAGAGGGCAUGGGUUUAAGAUAGGGGAGAAACUUCAAAGGACAUCUGAGGGGAGAAACUUUAAAGGACAUCUGAGGGGUAAGUUCUUCACAAAGAGUAGUGGUUAUCUGGAAUGAGCUGCCAGAGGAGAUGGUAGAGGCAGAUGCAGUUAGAACAUUUGAAAGACAUUUGGACAGGUACCUGGAUAGGAAAGGCAUUGGAUACAGGCCAAAUGCAAGAUAAUGUGGUUUGUGUAGAUAAGCAUAGUGGACAAAGUGGGCUGAAAGUGCCUGUUUCUAUGCUGCACAAUUUAAUUGUCCACAAUUUAAUUGUGCACAACAAGGGAAUUUAAUUGUCCACAAGGUUUCACACAAGGAGAAUUCAAUUUAAACUUCAGAUAAUAUAUUGUCUUCACUAACCAAUUAAUUAUGUUGGUUUAACGAGGUUAGUAUAAUUCCCCAGCGUUUGUUUUCUAUUGUUAUUCUGUGAGGUGAAACCUUUAAUUAUAAUUCUGUAACAUUCAUAAGUGACUACGGAAUCUCUUCUACGGAAACCCUAAUGAAGAAGGUAACAUUUGUUUGGAUGUUUUUUUUCUGGUAGAUUUGAUUUUAAUCACUGUGUGUAGCAAUUAAAGCUUUCUGAAACU